CUUGCGUAAACUGUGCGCAGCGUUGAUCUGCAAACUGCACGAAGCCACUCCCAUCACUUCAACGCAGUAAUGCACCGCGUCAAGUCAUGGACCAAAAUGAUAAUGACCUUCAAGGAACUGAUGGUUCGGGAUCACUUGGAGGUCUUGAUGUUCGCAGACAGAUCCCAAUCAAGUUACUGUCUAAACAGACAAUGAGAGGCAAACCACCUGCCCAACCUCAGCGUCCAGCCACCAGACUGCCCUCAAAGAGAGAGGAAGAGCCUUUCAGAUAUAAACAAGAGGAAAGAUUUGAGUGUAAAUCAGGAGAUGCAUAUGGAAACCAUCGCAGAUUCCCUCAUCCAAUCUUCUGGGAUUAUAAGCUCAACUUAGUAGGAGUAAAAGAUGACACUCCAGUCCAUUUCUGUGACAAGUGUGGCCUGCCCAUAAAAAUUUAUGGGCGAAUGAUCCCCUGUAAGCAUGUUUUCUGCUACGACUGUGCAGUGUAUUACGAGAAGAAGUGUGACAAAAUGUGCCCUGGUUUGUCCCUGUACAGCUGCACAGACCCGGUCCAGCGCAUCGAACAGUGCCAGCGUGGCUCUCUCUUCAUGUGCAACAUUGUGCAAGGCUGCAAACGCACCUACCUCUCACAGCGAGACCUGCAGGCACACAUCAACCAUCGCCAUAUGAGGGCCAGCAAGACCGGAAGUUCUCGCCCAGAUCCAUCACUUUGGGCCUCCGACCCAUCAGACCGCUUCCGGUUACCACCACCUCCACAUUUAACUAAAUCACACCCUCUAAUUCCUCCUCCACUGCAAGGCCACGAUGCCUACAACCAUCCACCUCCAGCUUCACCCUCCGAUUUGGGUCCUUCCCCACGGCCCCUUCCCCCAGAAACCUUCCGGAUUGCCACAUUGUCUACACGCAAACAUAGCAACCUCAUCACGGUGCCCAUUCAUGAUGACUCAGGGAGCUCUGGCCUCUCGCACCCACAUACACCCCCUGGCCCACCUCAACACCAUCACUCUGGUGAUUACACCAGCCAACCGGUGGUGUCUCACCCGCAUCACAUUAUGCCUCCACUACAACAACCACAUUACGGGCCUCCGCCACCUCCACCACCUCCUCUCAGUAUCCCAAUGCAACACCCGCCACAGGGCUCUGCCACACCUCACAUGGUUUACAACCAACCACCUCCAAUGUCAACACCCCCUCCACCCGGACACAUCAUCAGCCCAAUGCCACCGUUCAUGAACCACCCUCCACCUGGUCCCAUUCCCCCAGUCAGUUCACACUGCUACAACCCAAACUCAAUGCCACAGGACCAAGGCACACUAAGCCCACCUUUUACCCAACCAGGCGGUAUGAGCCCAGGAAUUUGGCCCAAUCCACGUGGGCCCCAUCAGCCCUGUAUGCAAGGGCCACCACCACAGGGACAGAUGCCAGGGCCUCACCACCCAGACCAGUCACGAUAUAGACCAUAUUACCAGUAGAAUUUGCCACAGUCACAGUUUGAGUGCACAAAGUAUCAUUUAUGAUUGGAUAUGGUCCACCGGGCCUUGUGUGUUUGAUGAUAACUUGAUAUAAUUACCAUUGCUGGUGCUUUUUGUACUAGUGUCCCUCAUUCAGGGCAGUUCCAUUGAAUAAAAAAAAAACUAUUACUUGAAUGGAAAAAUA